AUGUUGGCGAUUACAGGAGAGAUAGGAGAGCCCAAGAAAGCUGACGGUACCUUAGGCCAUCAAGUGUACAAAAAACCAACACACACAGACAGGUACCUACAUGCCGAAUCGCACCACCACCUAGCACAAAAACAGUCAGCAAUCAACUCACUAGUGCAUAGAGUCUUCACUAUCUCUGACAAAGAACAUCUACAGACAGAACUCAACCAUCUGAAACUAACCUUACAAAAAAACGGACAGGACAAAAAAGACAUAACCAAAGUAAUCAAUAAACAUGCAAACAAGACAACGGUCCCUGACACACAACCAGACGAAAGGAUACUAGCCUUCCUUCCAUUUGUCAAAGGAACAACAGACCGAAUCGGCAGGAUAUUAAACAAACACAACAUCCAAACUAUCUUCAAACCACCCAAAAAGAUAGGACAAAUCUUAAAAAAUCCCAAAGAUCAAAGACCUCCACUCAGCUCCGCAGGAGUAUACAAAAUACCUUGCUCCUGCGGGCAAGUAUACAUCGGAGAAACCGGGAGAAUGGUCAACCUACGGAUAAAAGAACACCAACGCGAUGUCAGGCUAAAACACGCCACGCAGUCGGCACUAUCAGAACACAAUAUCGAAACAGGACAUCAAAUACAGUUCAAUAAAACGACCACAAUAGCCAACAUUACAUCAUACUUUCCAAGAAAAUAUUAA